AUGGGUAGGCUGCGCGCCUUCCUUUUCCUCGGCAUGUCGGCACUCACACUCGUCGAUGCCGACUUCAAUUGUUCACAAGCACCUGAUUCAGGUGAGACGGUUCCCGGUUGGGACAGAGUCGGAUCGCACUUGAAUGGUUUAGAUAUGGUGCAGACGUGUCACAUGCUUCAAGAGUGGGACAGUGCUGCGAGAAAGGCGAUCAGAAAGAGGCAAGCAUUCAAUCAGAAUAUAGGUGAGUAGGCAGAAGAAGAAGAGGAGGAGGAAGGAAGCAACGAAAACGUUCAGGAGCUCCGGGAGUGCAGGGAUUCGCGCCCGCCAACCCGCCAAGGUUCGCUCCGUCGGCUCAAGGAUGCAUGAACAUUGCCUGCAUAUGUCCGUACAUGGGCGUGAGUAUUCGGAGCAACACGGCGGAAAUAUUCCAUUCGAAGCUUUCAGGGACGAAUGGCAAACGGAUGUGUGCUACCGAACGGUCAGCCGUAUCUCAUGGCUUACAGAAAAGAGUACAGGUACUAGAUUGCUUUGAAACUGGCAGAGCUAGCAUUCUUUGAUUCAGAAUGAUGACGGACAACGAACGUCAGCGAUGGCACAACGCGAUAAUCCAGUUGAAACGGUCUGGCGAGUACGACCGUCUGUCCGUGAUGCACCGUCAAGUCGGCUCCGCUUCCGGCGCUCACUCGGGACCCGGAUUCCUUGUUUGGCACAGAGAAUACAUGAAACGAAUGGAGAUCGCUCUGAGAAUGAUCGAUCCGGGAAUCUCGAUGCCCUAUUGGGACAGCGUGCUCGAGUCUUACCUUCCAGAUCCGAGAGAUUCGAUCAUGUUCAGUCAACUGUUCAUGGGAAUGACUGACGCUUCGGGACAGCUGGUCAGUGGUCCGUUCGCAGGAUUCAGAACUCUUGAGGGGAGGCCGAAUAUCAUUCGGAGAAUGGCGACCGAGGGAAAGAUGUUCACCGAGCAGAACAUCAACAAUCUGAUGGCUCAGAACGAUCUGGUCAGUGUGAUGGCAUUCACUGCGCCGCAGGGAGGAUGUCCGUUCCGCCCGUACUUUGGCGCUCUCGAGUACACUCACGCCUCGAUCCAUCUGUGGAUGGGCGGGGACAUGAAGCCUCCUUCCACUUCUGCCAACGACCCCGUCUUCUUCCUUCACCACACUUUCGUCGAUUUCAUCUGGGAAAUGUGGAGACAGAACCAUCAGAAUCGGUUUGCCAGAGAAAACGUGAGUUGGGAAUGGUUCGGCUCAAAUGGAGUCUUGGGGUUUCAGCAAUAUCCCCCGGACAUUGGUGCGUGCGCCAACUCUCAGCACUUCAGUUACGCCCAAAUGAGACCGUGGGACAAGAUAAACAGAGACGGUGAGACCUGAAAGGCCGAAACGCUUCCGCUCAUCCGGGAUUCCAGGUCUGUCGAACGCCUACACUGACAAUUUGUACCACUACGCUCCCCGUCCUACUUGCAACCGAAACAACGCCAACUGCGGAUCCCAGUACCUGUUCUGUGACACACGUGGCAAUCCGCAUUGUGUUGCUAAGGUGAAACCGGGCGGUCUGUGUCGUGGAUUCGAGGGGUUGGAUGCGUGUUACAUGGGUACGUGCGUGGCCGGAUGGUGCAGAGGAGGACAGCAAUUCCAGCAGGUAUGGGGAGAGUUUCGGAAGGCAAACACGGGAUUUGAUUGUUUGCAGCCUGCACAGACGACUGCAGUGGCCAACGUACCGCAGCAACCGACACAGCAACCGGUACAACCUCAGCAGCAGACGCCACAGCCACAACUGCCACAACAGAGACCAGCAGCCACUCCACAAUCGGUAUGCUCCUUCUUUCUCUUCGAUUCAAGUUUAUUUUCUUUAUUCUAAGAACUGCUACAACGAGGACCCUUGCUGCAACCAAUGGUCCCGUCAGAAUGAGUGCAGAACGAACACGGUCUACAUGAACAGAUACUGCAGAAAGUCUUGCGGACUCUGUCAAUCCACGGAUAAUAACAGAGGUGAGUCCUUUCUUUUCUUCCCCUUUCCUUCCAUUCGCUUGUUUCCAGGCUGCCAUGACCGCCACGUGUCCUGCGCUUACUGGCGUGGUCAACAAUUCUGCACUCGUCGUCGCCAAUGGAUGGCCGAGAACUGUCAAGCCUCUUGUGGCUGGUGCAACAUGAACGAAUCGCAAUUGUGUGCUUCGGUGGCCCGCCAGUCGCGAAGAGUGCGGAGAAACGCAAAGUUUUGGCUGACGGAGCCGGAGCAAGACGGCCUCGUGGACGACUUCAUGCUCGAUUACGGACGAUAG